AUGGCGAAAAAGAAAUACACCAUCGCACUUCUGUUGGUGGCAGCCAUGGUGGCAUGUGUCAUGGCGGGAGGCUCUGGAGGCGGCUACGGUGGCGGCUAUGGAGGCUAUGGUGGUGGUUAUGGCGGCGGUCGCGGAGGCGGCUAUGGCGGCAGUUAUGGUAGCGGCUAUGGAGGCGGCUAUGGUGGCGGUCGCGGAGGCGGCCGUGGAGGAGGCUAUGGUGGCGGUUACAGCGGUGGCUACGGAUACGGGAAAUAA